AGAUGUAUCUGGCAUCUGGGAAAGUUGAACCCAGUUUAUUGAUUUCUGUGCGUGUGUUAAAUAUAGAAUCAAGCCACUCAAUCGACAAGGAAGGACUUCCGCUCUGCUCCAGCUCCAGCCCCCCAGAAACGGUUUCAAAGAUGCGUCGUCAGCAGACUCGUUACCGCAGCGAUUCUAUUGCCAGCCCCUCGCUGUCGGGCGGCAGGAAGCCCUCAAUAGCAGCAGCCAGUGGCUCGCAUUCGCCCUCACCUCUGGCCAAUGCCUCGCCCACACGCCGUGAGUCACUGGUGAAGCCCACCUGGCAGCACAUCACACCGGGCCAGCUGCCACCCAAGACGCUGGACAAGAUCAACGGCAUCAACUCGGACGACUCCGAUGACGAUGGCUACCCGAAGCGGCGGCCCAGCGUGAUUGUCCAUCAGCGACAGCAGUCGAUCUCCCAGCAGCCGCUGCUGCCCGAAUUUAUGACAGCAUCGUCCCUGUUCCAGGCCCAACAGUCGCCACAUCUGUCCAGUGGCAAUGGUUUCAUGGCACGUCUGAGCAGCGUGCGCCUAACCUCGGGCUCCGAGCAGCAGCCGCUGCUGGACACUGGCGGCGGUGGAGGUGGCGUUAAUGCUGGUGGUAAUGGUAAUGGCAAUGGCAAUGGAAAUGGCAAUGGCAAUGGCAGAGCUCCAACUGUGGCUCCACCAGCUCCAGGUCCGGGCAGCGAGGGAGCCAGUGCCACGCUCUGCAAGAGCGCCGGACGGGCGCUCAUACGAAUGAUUUCAUCUGGCAACCCACCGGACGAGGACGAGGACUUUGACAUUAUGGGAAAGGUCAUUAUGCUGGGCGAUUCGGGAGUGGGCAAGACUUCGCUUUUGAUACGUUUCCGCGAUGGUCGCUAUGUGCCCAGCUAUUUCCUGAGCACCGUUGGCAUUGAUUUUAGGAACAAAGUGGUCGUCGUCGAUGGCACACGCGUGAAGCUACAAAUCUGGGACACAGCCGGGCAGGAGCGUUUCCGCAGCGUUACACACGCCUACUACCGGGAUGCACACGCUUUGCUGCUGCUGUACGAUGUGACCAACAAGACCACCUACGACAACAUACGCGCCUGGCUGGGGGAGAUCAGGGAGUACGCACAGGAGGACGUGGUCAUCGUUUUAAUAGGCAACAAGGCCGAUUGCAGUGGCAGUGAGCGACAGGUGAAGCGGGAGGAUGGCGAGCGCCUGGGCAGAGAGCACAACGUGCCAUUCAUGGAGACAUCAGCCAAGACGGGACUCAAUGUGGAGCUGGCCUUUACAGCGGUGGCUAGGCAGCUGAAGAGUCGCGGCUACGACCAUGGCGAUGAUGGAAAAUUCAAUGUGCAUGAUUUUGUGCGUGACAAUACAAAGGCGCGCUCCGUCUGUGCCCAGUGCCGGAACAUGUAAUUUUUUACACCCACAUCCACCCCGAUUCCUUGCACAAAAGAUUGACAGGAACAAGUCCCGACAAAGCGAGCGAGAAAAGAGACACAGAUCAAAGGGAAAAAACGUCGAUGGGUAUGGGCAGGAGCUGGGCAAAAGUCGAACUUCUGCAUUUAAUAAAAAACACACAGAAAACACACACACACACACACACAAAGACAACCCACAGAUACACACAGAUAUACAGACAGGACACACACACAAUUUUUUAAGACCCUAGCGGAUAGUACGGGGGGUGGGAACAGGGCAGGAGGAAGUACUCAUGUUGGUAUGUGCGGUAUGGUUAGCAUUUUGUAUGUAAAUUGGAAUUUUUGGUUAACGUUUGGGGGGCGUGCAGUCAGAUAUGUACUUUAAGGCGUGCCACGAGUGCAUAAAAUAUUGAACAAUAUAUAUAUAGAGUAUAUAGAAUCAUAUAUAUGAUAUAUCCAUAUACAAAACAAAAAACAAAAAACAAAAAACAAAUGCAUAAAUGUACUUUAUUAAAACGAGGCGAAACCUCAACUAAGCAGAGAAGAAGCAACAGCAGAACUCACUCCAAAACGGAUUAGGAAUUGGAAAUCGUGAACGUAAAUCGCAGCAAAAUCAUGCAACAUUGAGAUUUGUCCAGCACGUCCUUGGGCGCAAGGAACAGCAGGAGCAGGACCCAUGGAAGGAUGAAGGGAACCAAAUCCUAGUCAACAAAAAUACAAUCACUCAAUUUACCUAUAAAAACUAUAAACAAAAAACAACUAAAACCCAAUUAUUAUUAUACCUAAUUACCAAACAUUUUUUUGGUUCUCUAUUGUUAAACAACUUAAUUGUUAUGGCCUAUCGUUAAGUUUUUAAAUCCACACCGAAAAACCAGCCACAAGAAUGUUGGUUUGAACUUUGAAAAUUAUUUACACGCGGAAAAAACACUAAUGAAUACCCCUUGCAAUUGAGUUAGUUAAAGCUCUCUAAUUAAGCCCCAUCUGCCACAUCUGCCGCAACAUAAACCAAGUCAUAGCAGGAGGAGUGUUACAAAUAAUCAAAGUUAUAACUUUAAUCUCCACGCCCCCCGCAACAACAGAGAGAGCGCAGCGGCAAAACGCAACGAGAUGCGUGCACACUGCAAAUAUAUCAUAUGCGGGAGGCGUACAAACUAGCAGCUAAACAGCGUUAUAUCCAAGCAGACGAAUGUCUAUACCAUAAACAACAAAUACAUAUUUACAUUGAAUGUGGUU